AUGUACCCUAUUAAGCUCUUUCUUUUUAUUGCUCCUCUAGUUAUUUCUUCCAGAAUUGACCAAGAUUAUUCAUCAUUUGAUUCUGUAUCUCCAGAGCCAAAAUCAAGAUUUGCUAUGUUAGAUGAUGUAAAAAUUUUAGCCAAUGGCCUACUUCAGUUAGGACAUGGUCUUAAAGACUUUGUUCAUAAGACUAAGGGCCAAAUUAAUGACAUAUUUCAAAAACUCAAUAUAUUUGAUCAGUCUUUUUAUGACUUAUCACUGCAAACCAAUGAAAUCAAAGAAGAAGAAAAGGAACUUAGAAGAACUACAUCCAGACUGCAAGUCAAAAAUGAAGAAGUAAAGAACAUGUCACUUGAACUCAACUCAAAACUUGAAAGUCUCCUUGAAGAAAAAAUUCUACUUCAACAAAAAGUGAGAUAUCUGGAGGACCAAUUAACCAAUUUAAUUAAAAAUCAACCUGAAAUUCAGGAACACCCGGAAAUAACUUCACUCAAAACUUUUGUAGAACAGCAAGAUAAUAGCAUCAAAGAUCUUCUUCAGAUCGUGGAAGAACAAUACAGACAAUUAAAUCAACAGCACAGUCAAAUAAAAGAAAUUGAAAAUCAGUUAAGAAGAACUGGUGUUCAAGAAUCCACAGAAAAUUCUCUUUCUUCUAAACAAAGAGCACCAAGAACUACUCCCUCUCUUCACUUGAAUGAAACAAAAAAUGUAGAACAUGAUGACAUUCCUGCUGAUUGUACCAUCAUUUAUAAUAAAGGUGAACAUACAAGUGGCAUCUAUUCCAUUAGACCCAGCAACUCUCAAGUUUUCAACGUCUACUGUGAUGUUACAUCAGGUAGUUCAUGGACAUUAAUCCAACACCGAAUAGAUGGAUCACAAAACUUCAAUGAAACUUGGGAAAACUACAAAUAUGGUUUUGGGAGGCUUGAUGGAGAAUUUUGGUUGGGUCUAGAGAAGAUAUACUCCCUAGUAAAGCAAUCUAAAUAUAUCUUACGAAUUGAGCUAGAAGAUUGGAAAGACAACAAGCAUUAUAUUGAAUAUUCUUUUCACUUGGGAGAUCAUGAAACCAACUAUACACUACAUCUAGUUGAGAUUGCUGGCAAUGUCCCCAACGCACUCCCGGAACACAAAGAUUUGAUGUUUUCUACUUGGGAUCACAAAGCAAAAGGACCCUUCAAUUGUCCAGAAAGUAAUUCAGGAGGUUGGUGGUGCCAUGAUGUAUGUGGGGAAAACAACCUAAAUGGUAAAUAUAACAAGCCAAAAGCAAAGACUAAGCCAGAGAGGAGAAGAGGAAUAUGCUGGAAGUCUCAAAAUGGAAGGUUAUACUCUAUCAAAUCAACCAAAAUGUUGAUCCGCCCAACAGAUUCAGAAUAUUCUGAAUGA